CAAAGGGACUCUCCACUACUCCAGAUAACCUCUAGCUUUUUAUUUUUACUUUGGUGAAAUGCAGGUCAACCACAAUGGAGUGUUUUUUAGUACCGUGAAUCCAGACCUCUAUUUAUGUCCACAACUUCUCACACGUCAGAUGAAUUUCAAGCACACGCGUACACGCGCGUCUCCAAGGUAAACCAGCGUUGAUUCGUUUAGACUGUUCCAUCAGCCGUAAGUGUUUUUUUCCCCCCCAAGUUACCAAAGAGAACAUUGUGUUUUAUAUGGACUUUCUUGUGAUUCGAAGUGGCCUUUUACGUCUGCCUUCGAUUGCGAUGCUUGAAAGUAUGACUCAUGGUGAGUAAACCACAGAGGAAUUGUUUUGUUUUCACUAAAACAACUGAUGAGUAUUUUAUUUCCUGGCAAUACAAAUGACCCUUUGGGUCUUUUUAUCCAUCCACAGAAAUGUGAAGGAUCAAGCGGGCCGUUGUGGCAGUUCAGCGAGGAGGUUUCCAAGUUGCUGGCAUUCAAAUACGCCGCAGCCAAUUCCCAACGGUUCAGUUUUUUUUCUUUUAUCUGAUUUGUGGGAAGUUCGUGAGGAACAAAAGCCGUUAACCUUGAGUAGCUCUGCAAGCAGUCGGUGUGACCGCUUCUUAAUGCAGCCGAAAGCGCGCGCCGUGACUUCAAUUUAGGGAGAGUGCCAGGCCGCGGUCUCUCUCCGGCACCUUGGGAAAUUCGAAUGGAUCAGGCCGCCAUAACCGCAGUAAAUGUGAAGCUCCUCUCUUGACGGUUAGCUAAUUGCAUUUUAAUGUGUUUGCGAGGCAGCAAACGAGAGCUCUGCCUUCUCUGUCGGAUUAAAUGUGAUCAGGGAAACGGGCAAAAGAAAAAUAAUAAUAAUAAAAAACACUGCCAGUGGAAGAAAAAAGGUACAUGUGGAGAAAAAGUAAUAAACGCAAUGAGCUGUGUGUCUCGGAGCGGCGCAUCAAUAAUGAAAGAAAUAAUGGCGUUUAUCUUCGCUGGCACAACUAAACAGGCCGCCAUUUUGUAACGAAGAGUACCUUCCUACAAUAAAGUAUUUGUCCCAUUUGGUGCCGUGUUUUCUAAGGUAACAUGAAUGUCUAAUAAACAGGACAACGCGUAUCGAAAUAUUGUUCAUAUUGGUUCAGCCCUUUGCAAUAUGGAGAUCAAUGUGACGUUGCCCAGGCCUGUUGCUUUUCCGUGUGAAUAAGUCACUGAAAAGCAUUUUAUUGCGGCUUUGUGGAUCAAAACGUCUUUCGUGAGGUUAACACUUGGUCAGCGAUACGUUUUCAGUGUUCCAGACUGCGUUCCUGAGCGUAUAGUCUGGUUUAGGUAGAUGUUCUCAUCUUGCGACGCACCGCCUGUUAAAUGUUUACCUCGUUAUAAAAUUGGCUAUUUCUGAAGCUGUGACACAGACGUAGCUAGGCUACAGUUUUUUUCUUCAGUGAGCACACUAAUGGGCACUUACUGUUCUGCAAACAAUCACGGCGGCUGUACGCUUGCAGUCAACUCAAUAGUUUAAAUAUGACUUUACUGCGUUUUUAGCAACUUUACAUUCCACAUAGCCCAAAUGUCCAGAAUCGUUUCCGUUCAUAUAAUGUUACCACCCCCUCUCACUUUCUUUCCCUCCGAGCAUCGCAUCUCUCGUAGACCUUUCUAUAUUUAUAUGCGAAAUAAAUCUGUUUAGUUACCAUAGCUCUAAGUAAGUUUCCAAGGAAACCGAUGGGAUGUCAGAACAGACUCGAAGACCGAGACGAGGUAAAUUCCGCUCACGUGCAUUCUGAUGUAUCUCGAGCUUCGCGGAGUUCGUUUGCAACUUAUCUUUAAAAACCAAGAAUGCUAUUUCCCAUGUCCGUUCCACAGUUUUAGGAUGUAAAAGGUUAGUGAAUAAAUAAUAACAGAUGAAGGCCCAACUGCAAUUCUGAUUUUCUCAUUGUUUGCACCUCUCUGUGACAGUCCACUUGCGAUUCUACUAGGAUGUGUGUAGGCUCUUACUGGGAUAAAAGGGUGCAGUUGUACAUGGCCAGCAUGAAAUGGGAAUCUAUAAUCUUAUAACGAAGGAUAACAAACUGUUGCCGUGCGUAGAGACAACACGCCACAUAAUCACUUUUUGAUGUUCACAGCCGAUGGCUACGUUCAUAUUGGCGGUUAUGAAACAAGACCAGGUCAAAACCUAGUAUAGGGCUGGACCUAACACACUUCUUCCGGCCGACCAAUGGUGUAACUUCAUCACUCACUCGGUCACUCAGUCACAGACAUUCGCGUUUAUAGGGCUGGCCCCAUUGUUGCGGUCCAGCCAAAAAGUAGCGUAAGCCAAGGCAAGGACGGAACGAGGCUCUCCUAUUGGCUAUGUUAAGUACAACUGCGAGCGGGCUGUGUGUAUAAAGUCUGCCGGCAGGUGCGCGCAACUCCUAUUGUUGCGGUUCAGUCUCGAGUUAUUAUGAGGGGACGCGGCGCACGCGACGGGAAGGCAGGCUGAAGACACUUGUUAUUGAAUACUCUUCUAUAACGGCGAGAAACCCCUCAGUCCCAAAGGAGAGUCACUCCUUCAGCCCCUCCUCCAAUCUGCCCCCCCCCCACCCCCCCCACAGAACCCAGAUCAUGUGGCUGCUGGAGAAGAUCCGGGGGUCGGUGGAGACCAGCGUGCUCCGACAGGCGGAGGGCGGGGAGAAGCAGGGCAAGGUCCCGGCCUACAGCAACGUCCUGACCCCCGACAAGAUCCCCGACUUCUUCAUCCCGCCGAAGCUGAUGUGCUGCCCGGCCGAGGGGGAGGAGCCUGAGGCCGCGCCCAGGCCGGCGCUCCGCCCCUCCACCUCCGAGCAGGCCAUCGCCGGCCGGAAGCCCUCGGGGAGCCCCCGCAGCCCCCGCCUGCUCAGCAAGCUGGCGGGCGACACCCGGAGCCUGCUCAAGGCCGCCAACCGCCACAUCAUCCAGAUCGAGAGCGCGGACGAGGCGGGGGGGGGCGGCGGCGGCGGCUACGCCGGCGAGCUCGACACCAACACCAACGCCGACCCGCAGGCGCAGACGGCCAUGUCGCUGCCGUACGUGCCCAAGGCCCAGACGUCCUACGGCUUCGCCACGCUGGCCGAGAGCCCGCACACGCGCCGCAAGGAGUCGCUGUUCCACAGCGAGCACACCAGCCCCAUCACCUCGCCCAACGCGCAGCGCCGCAGGGGCCCGGGGGAGGGCAACCACCUCAACCCGGCGGACCUGAACGCGGCGCACGCCAACCCGUACCGCUACUUCAGCGGCGGCGAGAGCGACACCUGCUCGUCGGCGGAGUCGUCGCCGUUCGGCUCGCCGCUGCUCUCGCGCUCCGCCUCGCUGCUCAAGAUGUUCACGCAGGAGACGCAGGCCAAGGUGUCGCGCGCCAAGCGCUCCUUCGCCCGCCACUCCUCGCUCUCCACCGACGAGUGCAGCUCGGCCGACACCAGCCCCAGCAUCCCGCGCCGCGCCCGCCGCGCGCUCUUCGCCCGGGGCGUCGCCGGCGGGGGGGGGGCGGGCGGGGGCGGGGGCGGAGACGGGCAGGCGGGCUCGGACCGCGGCCGCCUCCAGCGGGAGCACACGGUCAACCUGCACAAGGGCGGGACGCUGCGCCUGUGCACGGAGUACGACGCGGACGCCACGCGCCUCCGCAUCCGCGUGCUGGCUGCCGAGGACCUGUACGACCGCGCCUGCGACAUCAAGGGCAUCAACUGCUGCGUGUCGCUCUACCUCAACCCGGGCAAGCUGCAGAAGCAGCGCAGCACCAUCAUCAAGAACAGCCGCAACCCCGUCUUCAACGAGGACUUCUUCUUCGACGCCGUCCCCGCCGCGCAGGUCAAGAACCUGGCCGUCAAGAUGAAGGUGGUGAACAAGGGCACCAGCCUGAAGAGGGACACCCUGCUGGGGGAGAGGGAGGUCCCCCUGAAGGACCUGCUCUCCGGGGUCUAGGCUCAGCUCUCCGGGGUCUAGGCCCAGCUCUGGGUUUCCCCCCCUGGGAGGAGGUCGAGAGUGCGGGGGGGCUCUUUGGAGGGGAACCAGUUGACAGCCAAACGUCCGACCGCCCGGCCCCUCUCAGAACCAAGCCAGCUGUCAUGGUCCCGCCGUUGCCUGGAAGGCCUAGGGCAGGGCUGCUUCGCCUGGGGUCACCCACCACCCUCAUUAAACCCUUAGAAGAGUAGGGUUUUUUUUUUUUUUGGAAUGUUGUUUUAUUUCCCAAGAUUCUCAGUCGGUGUUCUGGAACUCCAUUGCUCACAGCUGACAGUAGCGAUUGUUGCAUCAGCAUUAGAAUGUUCAGAUGAGACGAUUCUCAGUCACAUAUAUAUUUGUGAUUUUACACCUUGAGGGAUUAAGCAGGUCUGUCUGGAGACCAACUCUAUGAGAUGGAGGCCUGGUGGGGGGAUGGGGUUUUAGGGGGGGGGGAGGGGGGGCCAGGGUGCUUUUGGAUGGUUUGGAUGUUUUGUGUAUUUCGCCCAGGUACAGGCCGUUCAAUCGAGCCGGGUGCCUGCAGUCGGCUUGCAUUCCUUGGCUGCUUUGUACCGAGCAGCUUGCGCCUUGAUGUCCUUUUUUUUCCACUCUGGUGAGCCAGGGGGCCUAGUGUAACAGUUUCUUUCUUUCUUUCUUUUCUUUUGAACAUCAGUUGAGUCUGGUUUUUCAGUUGGCUGGCCAGACUUCAUGCAGCGCUGUGUGGGG